UAGAUUCUCCAGACUCACUUCUUCCUUGGUGACUUCUUCCUCUGGAAGACCUCCUGUAUUUCUGCUGGGCCAGCCUAGAGUACACAUCGUGAUGGAGACUCCUCUUGAGAAGGCCCUGACUACCAUGGUCAGCACUUUCUAUAAAUAUUCGGGGAGAGAGGGUAGCAAGCUGACCCUCAGUAGGAGAGAACUGAAGGAGCUGAUCAAGACAGAGUUGAGCCUUGCAGAGAAGAUGAAGGAGAGCAGCAUUGAUAACCUGAUGAAGAGCCUGGACAAAAACAGCGACCAGGAGAUUGACUUCAAGGAGUAUAGCAAGUUCCUGACCACACUGUGUAUGGCCUACAAUGACUUCUUCCUGGAGGACAACAAAUGACAGGUCCUCUCUACCCUCAGCGGCAGCUCCUCAUCCCGACCUCCGACCUCCGCAGCUUCUUUAACUGCCCCCUUCUGUGGUCCCUUUCUCUGUCUCCAAGAUGGAUUAUUCCAGCAGGGAAAUAAAGCCCUUUCCGUUGCA